AUGUUCAAAAACUUCACGCCGAAGGAGCACAUUGCCGGAAAUGCGCCGAUGAAGUCGUCGGCGCAGCGACAGAUCCGCGCCAAGCUCCUCGAACAGAUCCCCUUCCUCUCGCAACCCGCUGCCUUCCCCUCGACCUCGUCCUCCGCCGCUCCCGCAGCUCAGCCAACGCCCGCAGCGCCGCACAGUGACGACGAGGACGACGAGGACUCGGGGAAGAAAAAGGGAAAGGGCGGGAAGAAGGGCAAGGGUGCGGGUCCCGGAGGAAAGGGCGGCAAGAAGAGCAAGAAGCACGACGUCGAGGAGGAGGCGCCCGCUGCGGGGGCGGAUGAGGGUGCAACACCGGCGGCGGACGAGGAGCUGACGGUUUUGGACCUGAUCUGGCCGAAGAAGGAGACCCUGUCGCUCAUCAAGUGCCGAGAACACAUCUCGAUCUACGCCGUCCAUGGCGAACCCCUCUUCUUCCAGCAUUUCGACGGCCCCUUCUACCCGACCCUCAAGAUCCUGCAUCGCUUCCCCGACAUGCUCCCGCGAGUAGGCGUCGACCGAGGAGCGAUCAAGUUCGUUCUCUCGGGUGCGAACAUCAUGUGCCCCGGCAUGACCUCCGCAACCGGCUACCUCCCCCCCUCCUCCGCCAACAUCCCCAAAGGCAAGCCCGUCGCCGUCCACGCCUACGGCAAAGAGAACGCCCUCGCCAUCGGCUUGCUCGCCAUGUCGACCGACGAGAUUCGCGAGAUCAACAAGAACAUCGGCGUUGAGAACAUUACGUUCCUCGGGGACGACUUGUGGAAGAUCGAGAAGCUGUAG